CCUGGACCCAGAAAGAAGCAUGAAGUGGCUUGUGAUCCUUGGGCUGGUGGCCCUCUCAGACUGCUUAGUCAUGAUCCCUCUCACGAAGGUCAAGUCCGGAGAAAGCCUCAGAGAAAAAGGCUUGCUGAAAAAUUUCCUCAAGGAACAUCCUUACAACAUGAUCCAGAAUCUCCUGAGCAAGAAUUCUUCCCAUGUCCAGAAAUUCUCUUAUCAGCCGCUGAGGAACUACCUGGAUAUGGUCUACGUGGGCAACAUCAGCAUCGGCACACCCCCGCAGCAGUUCAGCGUCGUCUUUGACACCGGCUCAUCAGACCUCUGGGUGCCCUCCAUCUACUGCAAAAGCACCUGUGUUACACACAGGUCCUUCAACCCUUCCCACUCCAGCACCUUCCAUGACCGGGGCAAAUCCAUCAAGUUGGAAUACGGCUCUGGGAAGAUGUCAGGAUUUCUUGGCCAAGACACCGUUCGGAUCGGCCAACUCACAAGCACGGGCCAGGCAUUUUGGCUGAGCAAGGAGGAGACCGGUAAGGCUGAACAUGCCAUCUUCGAUGGCAUCCUGGUGGCCUAUCCCAGCAUCGCCAUCAAAGGGACCACCACCGUCAUUGAUAACCUAAAGAAGCAAGACCUUUCUGAGCCUGUCUUUGCCUUCUACCUGAGCAGUGACGAGGAGGGCAGCGUGGUGAUGUUUGGUGGCGUGGACAAGAAAUACUACAAAGGAGACCUCAAGUGGGUGCUGACACAAACUAGCUACUGGCAGAUCGCCUUGGACAGGAUCACAUGCAGAGGGAGAGUCAUUGGUUGUCCCCGCGGCUGCCAGGCCAUCGUGGAUACCGGGACGUCGAUGCUGCAUGGCCCAAGUAAAGCGGUGGCCAAAAUCCAUUCUCUCAUCAAUGCCAAGCACUUUGAGAAGGAGUAUGUCGUCCCGUGUAAUGCCAGGAAGGCCUUGCCAGACAUCGUCUUCACCAUUAACAAUGUCGACUACCCAGUGCCAGCUCAAGACAUCCGAAAGGAUGCUAAUAAUAACCGCUGCUACAGCACCUUUGAGGAUAUCAUGGACACCUUGAACCAGAGGGAGAUUUGGAUCCUGGGUGAUGUCUUCUUAAGGCUGUACUUCACUGUUUAUGAUGAAGGACAGAACAGGAUUGGCCUGGCUCAGGCCACAUAAAUGCUGGGGCUGCUUCAAGCAACAUCCAGGCCAACCCCUCCAAACACACAUUCCCUCACACCCAGGGCAUUCUCGCCCAGGGAGGGCAGCUUGAACGGGGUUCGGUGCUCUGAAAAGCCCUGUUCUCAGUAAAGAAUAAAGGAUUGCCUUUGCAAUGGUGCUACUACCAA